GUGGAGAGUGUAUAAAAGGCAUCCACAGGGGGAAGAACCACAGUCCUCAGCCCAGGCCAAGCCAAGCUGUUCACACCUGCUCUCCAUCUUGCUCUCACCAUGAGCUGUCGUCUGCAGAGCUCCUCCGCCAGCUAUGGAGGUGGUUUCGGGGGUGGUUCCUGCCAGCUGGGAGGAGGCCGCAAUAUCUCUGCCUGUUCAACCCGGUUUGUCUCUGGGGGAUCAGCUGGGGGCUAUGGGGGUGGCGUGAGCUGCGGCUUUGGUGGAGGGGCUGGUAGUGGUUUUGGGGGUAGCUUUGGAGGUGGCUUUGGAGGUAGCUUUGGAGGUGGCUUUGGAGGUGGCUUUGGAGGUGGCUUUGGUGACUUUGGUGGUGGCGAUGGCGGCCUCCUCUCUGGCAAUGAGAAGAUCACCAUGCAGAACCUCAACGACCGCCUGGCCUCCUACCUGGACAAAGUGCGUGCCUUGGAGGAGGCCAACACUGACCUGGAGGUGAAGAUCCGCGACUGGCACCAGAAGCAGAGCCCAGUCAGCCCGGAGCGUGACUACAGCCACUACUACAAGAUCAUAGAGGAGCUCCGGGACAAGAUCCUGGCGGCCACCAUCGACAACAACCGGGUCAUUCUGGAGAUCGACAAUGCCAGGCUGGCUGCCGAUGACUUCAGGCUCAAGUACGAGAACGAGCUGGCCCUGCGCCAGAGUGUGGAGGCCGACAUCAACGGCCUGCGCAGGGUGCUGGACGAGCUGACCCUGUCCAGAGCCGACCUGGAGAUGCAGAUCGAGAGCCUGAAUGAGGAGCUGGCCUACCUGAAGAAGAACCACGAGGAGGAGAUGAAAGAGUUCAGCAACCAGGUGAUAGGCCAGGUCAACGUGGAGAUGGAUGCUACCCCUGGCAUCGACCUGACCCGCGUGCUGGCAGAGAUGAGAGAGCAGUACGAGGCCAUGGCGGAGAGGAACCGCCGCGAUGCCGAGGAAUGGUUCCAUAACAAGAGUGCAGAGCUGAACAAGGAGGUGUCUUCCAACACUGCUAUGAUUCAGACCAGCAAGACGGAGAUCACGGAGCUCAGGCGUACGCUCCAAGGCCUGGAGAUCGAGCUGCAGUCUCAGCUCAGCAUGAAAGCCGGGCUGGAGAGCACGGUGGCAGACACGGAGUGCCGCUAUGCCACACAGCUGGUACAGAUCCAGGCUCUGAUCAGCUGUAUCGAAGCCCAGCUGAGCGAUGUGCGGGCUGACACUGAGCGGCAGAACCUGGAGUACCAGCAGCUCAUGGACAUCAAGACGCGGCUGGAGCAGGAGAUCGCCACCUACCGCAGCCUGCUCGAGGGCCAGGACGCCAAGAUCGUUGGCUUCACCUCAAGAGGAACCACCAGCACCAGCAGCACCGCUACUACUGGCCUCAGUUCCAGCAACCGCGCUUCGGAAACCCGUAGGCCUUCGGAAACCCGUAGGCCUUAAAGCUGCCUAGCAUCCUCUUCAGCACUCAGAGGAGGAAUGAGCUGAAGGUUCCUGCAGGAGAGGGGGAGGGACUAGGGGACACUCAGUCACUCUGCCCCCAGGCGCCUGGCCCCUGCUCUCCUGGGCACGGUCACUCCUUGCUCUUCUCUCUCUGGGUCAACUUCCUUUUUUUUUUCCUGAUCCAGCUGUUCUGAUUUCUUAGCUUCUCUACUUAAAAGAAAAGAUAAUUCAAUAAAGUUUCCUGCCUUUUUGCAAACGUAA